AUGAUGCGCUUCUCCAGAGCUGCCCUCGCUGGCCUUUCCCUGCUCGGUGGAGCCGUGGCUGAUGAGGACAUCGUCUUGCCACCGGUUGUGACCAACCCGAAUUUCCCAGAGCGCCUCCUGGUCCUUCUUCCUGGUGGCCUGGUUCCAAACGAGAACUACAAGAUGACCGGCGAGGCCAUCCAAAAUGCUACUACGGACAUCCGUCUCACUGUCGUCAUCCCACAGGUCUUCCAGCGUUUGUGCAUCAUCACUUGCCCGGGCAAGAGCGUCUGCUCACCUUUGAAGAGCCGCAUAGACGACGCAGUGUCCAAGUCCAGCUUCAAGGGCACAAAACCAAAGGAAGAUACUUUCAUCGCUGGCCACUCCCUGGGUGCUACAUGCGCGAACUUCCUGAUGCAGGGCUACAACUACGAGUACGCUGGCCUCCUAGAGUUCGGCGGCUUCGUCGAUCUUACUGGCGAUGCUUCCAUCGCCAACUUCAGUAUUCCGGUGCUUCAUAUGGCCGGAGAGGUGGAUGGUGGCGGUGCUCGCGUUUCUUCAAUGGCCGGCUUGUACGCGCAGUCGAUGGCUUUCGCCGACUCUCACAGCCUCGAAGAGUCUCUGAUCAAGAAGCCAGUCCAGAUCCUCGAAGGUCUGGAUCACUCCGACUUCUGCCCAGGCUUUUUCGUCACGAAGACCAAGGACUGCAAGUCUGAAGUGACCCAAGACGUCGCCCUUGACACCAUCGGCGAGGUGGCGAGCGCUUUCUUGCACCUGAACGCUCCGACUUCGAAUGCAACCAAGCAGGCUGCCAUAGAGGUCAUGAAGAAGAGAUUGACUUUCACCAAGGAGAUGGCCGAGCCAUUCCUGACCGCGUUCCAGCUGGAAGGCGCUGAAGUUGCCUCGCCACCGGCAGGCGUCCCUGCAGGACCUUGGUGCAACGUCGGUCAGGAUACGGUUGCUGGCUUGAGUCCGUCCGACGCUGGUAAGCUGAAGGCCGAGAAGUGCACGCUCAUCACCGGUGGCCUGCACCAGUUCGAGCAUCAGCACACCAAUUACAGUAUCAAGCAGGAUGGUUCCCUGGAGGUCUCUUGUUUCACUGCCAUUGAGCCCUCUCCUCACAGCAUCUCGGGCAGCCAGUUCUCUGCUACGUCGGUGGAUUGCAAGAUGGUGGACGCUACGCGCAUCGCCGAGCAGCUCAAGGUUCAGACGAAUACCAGCAUGUCUUGCGCUGACGUGAACCGAAAGGCCGUCGAGGUGGCGAUGAAGAUGCUCCCAGCCAAGUCUCUCAAACGCUUCCAGGAGAAGGGGCGUGGAGUGUGCUUCAUGGAGGAUGCUAGCGCUCCUGGCAACAUCGGUCCUCUCUGGGUCCAGUCAUCGAUCAAGCUCGAGGAGACCAAGGAAUGCCUGGAGGUCACCUCCAUGAAACUGAUAUCUGACAUCCACUCGUACAUAUACCCGGGCAACCACUACUGUAAGUUGCUGUCUCCAGCCGCUGCCAUGGAUUGGAUGAUGACAGACAGCCACAAGCCUUUCCCAUACCCAUCCUCUGAGAGAUUUGAGGCCAUCAUGAUCUAG